AUGAAGGUUUCCGGCAGCAUGGAACCUGCACUCCGGAGACGCCAUGGAAGGGACAACGUCCGGAUAUUCAAGCCCCUCCUUCGCGCCUAUGCACUUGGGUACCUGUCUUCCGUCACCCCAAAAUUGGUGUAUUAUGUACGCCGUCUACGCAAUACGGACUGGACUACGCAACAGAAACUACAAGAGCUAGCUAAAGUCUUCACUGGUCCGUUGCGUCUGAACAGCUUCCCAACAGCUUGUGCUUCCCUGGUCGGUGGCUCAACCCUACUACCAAUAGGAUUAUAUCGCCUGUGUGCAUUGAUCACAGCAGGUCUCUCCAAAGGUGACAUUCAGAUCUCACAAAAGCUCGACCGCUUAAUCAGAUUCAUCGUCACUUUUCUAUCUGGGUGGUUCAGUUUCCAACUGCUCAACAGAAACCGCAUCUGUCUACCAAUAGAGGAUGUCAAAGCUAUCCGGGACUCCACAGGUCAAAGAAAAGACCCUGGUCAAAUUUUGGCCAAUCCGCUGGAACAUCACCGCCCGGAGUUAGCAGGGAGGACAAUGGACCUCACCAUCUACAUGGUCACAAGAGCUGUAGAUGCGGUCGCGUGUGUUGCAUGGGGCCGCUGGUCCCGUCGCCGCCGCGCCCAGAACCGCUGGACGACCGUCGAAUCACUCGUUCCUGGGUUUGCCGAUGCAGCUGUCUUUGCCACGAGUGCCUCUGUAGUCAUGUGGGCAUGGUUUUAUCUCCCUGAAAGACUUCCCAAAUCCUACGAGAAGUGGAUCAGGGAAGCUGCUCAGGUCGAUUCACGACUAAUCGAAGCCUUGCGUCAUGUUCGACGAGGAGUCUUCGUUUAUGGGAAGGAUACAGGCCAGGCACCUCUUCUUCAGUCAAUGUGCAAAGAUUACAACUGGCCAGAGGUGUGGGGAGACCCAGCAAAGGUAGCCCCGAUCCCUUGCGAAAUGGUUCACAUGGGCUGUGGCCCCAGUUGUGAGAAGCACGCAUUGUAUCGAUUUGCUAUAACCUUCAAAUUUGCCUGUGCAACCUAUAUUCCCCUACAAAUUGUUUUCCGUCUGCGGAGGAUGAAAUCUGCAACUGCCCUCCGUCGGGCCCUUUCUGAUGCAGCACAAUCAUCUGCCUUCCUCGCAUCUUUUGUGAGCUUAUUUUACUACGGCGUAUGUCUCGCUCGGACACGACUUGGCCCAAAGAUCUUUAAUGCAAAGACAGUCACUCCAAUGAUGUGGGACUCUGGGCUCUGCGUCGGUGCGGGAUGUCUCAUGUGUGGCUGGAGUAUAUUGGUUGAAAAGGCGCGGAAGAGACAGGAGUUGGCGCUAUUUGUGGCACCCCGGGCUGCCGCCACGGUUUUGCCACGGUUGUAUGAUAAAAAGCCUGUGACAGGGUUCCAUAACCAUCACGAGAUGCUGACGUGUGUCGAUGUUUCCCAGUAUCAAUACCGCGAGCGUGUUGCAUUUGCUCUUAGCGCUGCUAUUCUUAUCACUUGCCUCCGCGAACGACCCAGCAUGGUACGGGGGGUCUUCGGUCGCAUCACAUCGAGCGUGUUGAAAUAG